AUGCAUGCGGCAAGCGAUCCAACUCACCUCGCGAUCUCCCCGAGACCCUCCACCACAGACAGAGCGCGCAGAAAUCCGGGGUCUGCGAAGCCCGGUACCCAACAGCAAGAGCCGGCAACCCAGUCCACUAAGCCUGUUGCCCAGCAGAAAAUCACUGAACUGCUAAUAGAGUUUGACCCGCUCUACAUUAAAGGGGACAUAGAAGACAUUAAAGGGGACCUACUGUCCGAGCUGGUCCCAUCCGGCAUUCCAGUGGUUCCCGAGCCGAUCCCAUCCGGCCUCACACUGGUCUCCAAGUCGAUCCCGUCCGACCCUCCAGUGGUCCCCGAGCCGGUCCCGUCCGGCCCUCCAGUGGUCCCCGAGCCGGUCCCGUCCGGCCCUCCAGUGUUCCCCGAGCCGGUCCCGUCCGGCCCUCCAGUGUUCCCCGAGCCGGUCCCGUCCGGCCCUCCAGUGUUCCCCGAGCCGAUCCCGUCCGGCCCUCCAGUGUUCCCCGAGCCGGUCCCGUCCGGCCCUCCAGUGUUCCCCGAGCCGGUCCCGUCCGGCCCUCUAGUGUUCCCUGAGCCUGUCCCGUCCGGCCCUCCAGUGGUCUCUGAGCUGAUCCCGUCCGGCCCUCCAGUGUUCCCCGAGCAUGUCCCGUCCGGCCCUCCAGUGUUCCCCGAGCCUGUCCCAUCCGGCCCUCCUGUGGUCUCCGAGCCGAUCCCGUCCGGCCCUCCAGUGUUCUCCUAG